UUGUAAGUACAUUAAUGGCAGACAAGCUGUGAUGUUGUCAGAAAGUUUUUAAAAACUUUAAACUUUUAAACAUGGAUAGGAUGGAGGGAGAUGUAGGGCCUGCUAGGUCGCCAAAUGAACACGAGCGGUUUGGUCCACUUUUAUUGCGCGAAUUCGAUGAAAAUCCAGGAGAAAAAGCAUUUGAUAAGAGUGUUGCUUUUGGAAUCAGAGGUGCCGCUGUUGGUGUUUUAGUUGGUGGUACUUAUGCAGCUAUGUUUGAACCGGCAUCAAAAGUUAAUGGUAUUACAUAUGCUUUGCGACACAUGGGAAAAGCUGCAGUAUUUGGAGGUGCUUAUGGAGCUCUGUUAGGUGCAGGUAUUCCAAUUGCACAGGCUAUCCGAAAGAAGAAUGAUCCAGUGGCUUGGAUGUGGGGUGGAUUCGCUGCUGGAACAGUUUUUGCGUUAAAAAGUGGCCGACCAACAACUGGAUUACAAGUCGGUGUACUUACAGGCUUAGUGAUGGGUAUUGCGAAACUUACUGAAGGUUAUAAAGAGCCAUAUCCUGAUCGUCUAAAAUAUUUACGUAAGCCUCCCCCGAAGACAUAUAAACUGUUUGAUGAGGAAGGGAAUAUGAUUACACAUACAAGAUUAUAAAUUUUGAUGUGUCGUAAUAUGUGCUUAAAUAUAUAUAUAAAUAUACUUAGUUUGGUUAA